UGAGGUUUGGGAGCAUCUCCACGUCCCGCUUGCUCCCCAGCUCCCACGGGGACGCGGCCGUCGGCGCCUGCCUCGUCCCCUCCCUGUGCCACCCAGCGUGGGCCGACACCGGGCAGCUCGGUGCCGCGGGCAGCGGGUGCCACCCUGAGCCCAGCAAGGCCCGGGGGGUGCCAUUACCCCCUGAGUAACGGGGCUCCGGGGGCGCCCCGAAGCCUCGGAGGGAUGCGGGGACCUUGACUCCGGGGUGUUCCUGCCCUUAUAUGGUGAACACGGGCAGGGACACUUGGGGACAAAGGUCUCCUCGCUGCUGGCACCCCGGCACUUCGCCCAGGUACGCGCACCUCGUGCCCAGCUCCGCGGGGAAGGUGAGGGGAUGGGGACCGGGAGGGCGGCACGUCCCGGUGCCGCCGCUGCUGACGGCACCGGGGUGGCGUGGGGACAGGGCCGGGCAACGCACCCUGACGGCUCUCGGGGGGCUGCGCUGGGUAGAUGUCCCCCCACCCCGUGCUCUGUGGGACGGGGAUGUGGCGGGUUUGGGGCAGUGGAGUGGGAACGGGGUGUUUGGGGGGGGGGGGGAGAGGACACCCCUCUGCUGGGCGCCGCUCGCUCUCCCCUGCCAGGGUGCACGGGGGGGGGCUGUGCCAAUGGUGGGUGCCCGAGCCCCCCGCCUGCUUGUCCUGCAUCCCCUGGGGGGCACGGCCCAGGUUGGGGGUGGCGGGGGCCGCCGGGAUGCUGUGGGACACAGGGGUGAGGGGGGGGCUUGCAGGGGACGGCGGGGGGCUUGGGAGGAGGCAGGGCCCAGCAGCACGAUGGGCAGGGGGUGUGCGGCGGGAGGGUGAGGGGGUGGACGUGUGUGUGUCCGUGGGUGUGCGUGCACACAUGUGCAAGUAUGUGAGUGUGCACGCAGGGCCAUGAGCGUGCCAUGCGUAGGGACAAGGGGGAACGGGGCCAUUGUGCAGCGCUGUCACCCAGGUGUGGCCGCUGCGCCGGGGAUGUCCCGUGCCCAGGCAGCGGGGCAGGACACGGGGACACCGGGACAUGUGGACACCGGGACGUGGGGACACCAGGACGUGGGGACACCAAGGGCACAUCACUCCCACGCCCCUGCCCACCACAGACCCUGGCACAGUCCGGGACCCCCACCGGCCCCCGUCAGCAGCCGUGGCACUGCUGGGGGGGGCUGCACCCCGCUCUGUGCCCGCAGUCCCGGGCCCCCCUCACCUCCCGCAGCCCCGCAGGGGGUUUAGGGCCCGGCCGGCUGUAGGGCAGCAGAUGGCCCGGCCGGCUGGCUGCAGCCCAGCCCUUAAUGAGGCCGCCUGCCGCUACCGCUAACGAGGGUGUUGGCGACGCCCCGGCAGGUCCCCUUGCCUGCAGCAGCCAGCACCAUGGCGGAGCUCAGCGCCCAGGUCACCAGGAAGCUGAACACGACCACCCCGGGCAUCCAGAUAUGGAGAAUCGAGAGCAUGGAGAUGGUGCCGGUGCCCACCAAGAGCUACGGCAACUUCUACGAGGCGGAUUGCUACGUCCUGCUCGCGACGCGCAAGACCGGGAACAACUUCAGCUACAACAUCCACUACUGGCUGGGCAAGGAGUCGAGCCAGGACGAGCAGGGGGCGGCCGCCAUCUACACCACGCAGAUGGACGAGCACCUGGGCUCGGUGGCCGUGCAGCACCGCGAGGUGCAGGGCCACGAGAGCGAGACGUUCCGCGCGUACUUCAAGCAGGGGCUCAUAUAUAAGAAAGGUGGGGUGGCCUCGGGCAUGAAGCACGUGGAGACCAACACCUACAAUGUCCAGCGCCUGCUGCACGUGAAGGGCAAGAAGAACGUGGUGGCAGCAGAGGUGGAGAUGAGCUGGAAAAGCUUCAACCGGGGCGACGUCUUCCUGCUGGACCUGGGCCAGCUCAUCAUCCAGUGGAACGGCCCCGAGAGCAACCGUGCCGAGAGGCUGAAGGCGAUGACCCUGGCCAAGGAUAUUCGGGACCGCGAGCGCGGGGGGCGCGCCAAGGUCGGCGUGGUGGACGGAGAGGACGAGGGCGCCACGCCGGAGCUGGUGCAGGUCCUGCUGCAAGUGCUGGGCGAGAAGCGGGACAUCAAGGCGGCCAUCCCCGACGACAAAGUGGACCAGAUCCACAACAGCUCCCUCAAGCUCUACCACGUGUCUGAUGCCAGCGGGAACCUGGUCAUACAGGAGAUAGCCAUUCGCCCCCUGACUCAAGACAUGCUCCAGCAUGAGGACUGCUACAUCCUCGAUCAAGGCGGUCACAAGAUCUUCGUGUGGAAGGGCAAGAACUCCAACAAGGAGGAGAAGCAGCAGGCAAUGAGCAGGGCCCUGGGCUUCAUCAAAGCCAAGAACUACCCGUCCAGCACCAGCGUGGAGACGGAGAACGACGGGUCUGAGUCGGCCGUCUUCAGGCAGCUCUUCCAGAAGUGGACCGUCCCCUCGCAGAGCAGCGGGCUGGGCAAGACCCACACCGUGGGCAAAGUGGCCAAGGUGGAGCAGGUGAAGUUCGACGCCACCACGCUGCACGCCAAGCCCCAGAUGGCCGCCCAGCAGAAGAUGGUGGAUGAUGGAUCCGGGGAGGUGGAGGUCUGGCGCGUGGAGAACCAGGAGCUGGUGCCCGUGGAAAAGCGGUGGUUGGGCCACUUCUACGGCGGGGACUGCUACCUGGUGCUCUACACCUACUACGUGGGGCCCAAGGUGAACCGCAUCAUCUACAUCUGGCAGGGCCGCCAAGCCAGCGCGGACGAGCUGGCCGCCUCAGCCUACCAAGCCGUCAUCCUGGACCAGAAGUACAACAACGAGCCCGUGCAGGUCCGCGUCACCAUGGGCAAGGAGCCGGCGCACUUGAUGGCCAUCUUCAAGGGCAGGAUGGUGGUGUACGCGGGCGGCACCUCGCGGGCGAGCAGCACGGAGCCCAUGCCCUCCACCCGCCUCUUCCAAGUGCACGGCACCAACGAGUACAACACCAAGGCCUUCGAGGUGCCCGUCCGUGCCUCUUCCCUCAACUCCAACGACGUCUUCGUGCUCAAGACCCCCAGCUGCUGCUACCUCUGGUAUGGGAAGGGCUGCAGCGGGGACGAGCGCGAGAUGGGCAAGACGGUGGCCGACAUCAUCUCCAAGACGGAGAAGCCGGUGAUCGCGGAGGGGCAGGAGCCCCCCGAGUUCUGGGUGGCCCUGGGGGGCAAGUCCCAGUACGCCAACAACAAGAGGCUGCAGGAAGAGAACUCCUCCAUGCCCCCCCGGCUCUUUGAGUGCUCCAACAAGACGGGCAGGUUCCUGGCCACCGAGAUCGUAGACUUCACUCAGGAUGACAUGGAUGAAAAUGACGUUUACCUGCUGGACACCUGGGACCAGGUUUUCUUCUGGAUCGGGAAAGGGGCCAGCGAGGCGGAGAAGGAGGCGGCGGCGGUGAUGGCGCAGGAGUACCUGCGGAGCGACCCCAGCGGGCGCGACCUGGACACCCCCAUCAUCGUGGUGAAGCAGGGCUGCGAGCCCCCCACCUUCACCGGCUGGUUCCUGGCCUGGGACCCUCUCUGCUGGAGCGACAAGAAAUCCUACGAGGAGCUCAAAGCCGAGCUGGGAGACACCAGCAACAUCGGGCAGCUCGUGUCUGGGCUCACUUCCAAGGAGGUCUUCACGGCCACCACCACCCUGACGCCCACCAAGCUGGAGACCUUCCCCCUGGACGUGCUGCUGAACACGUCGGCCGAGGACCUGCCGCGGGGCGUGGAUCCCAGCAGGAAGGAGCAACACCUCUCCGACCAGGACUUCCAGGCUGCUUUCGGCAUGAACCGCGCUGCCUUCGGCAACCUGCCCUUGUGGAAACAACAGAACCUCAAGAAGGAGAAAGGACUCUUCUAGGGCGGGAGCCCUAGAGUUUAUUGUUGAUAAAUAAAUGGGUUUGGAGCAGGCCUGUAUCUCCCCCCCAGCCCCUGAGCGCAGACCAGUUACGGGGCUGAUUUGACAAAUAAAAGACAGUGGGGGCACGUAAA